CAUUAUUAUAAUUAUUGCAUACCUGCGCUCAAAUACACACCAGUAGUCCCGUGCUAUCCGAUCAUGCAUUUGGUUAUAAAUACAUUGUUUUUAUUUAUGUCUAUAUUUCCAAAUAUAAUCACUGAUUACCCGAUGAAUAAGUCGUAUAAUAGAGGGGAACAGUCAUCCAUAUGGACAGACACCUCAAACCAGGUCUCACUUCUCAGUCACCACUCGACAAGUUUUCUGGACUUCAAAUCCGACGACAACUCCGACACAAAACACAUAACAAAAGACUCAUAUUGGCGUAUAUUAGCUAAAAAGAGGGGUACGUUUGCCACAAACCCCCUCAAUAAGGAGGCCUUAAGUUACUGUCAUUCCCUAUACCUGACGUCCGUAAUAGUGGUCAGUGAUAACCGAGAGUUAGCGAUAUUUGUUUUAGUCAGUCCUGCCGACGGAACGGUACUACACUUCGGCCGCAUAACCAAUGGACGGGUAGAGCAAGUGAAGGGCAUUACGUACUCCUUAAGCAAAUUCCUGGGCCCACAGAAUACCUACCAAACCCCUACCCCAACCCUCUAUGAAUAUCAACAAAACCUACUACAGCACAAUACCGGUGCCAACCAGACAGCCCUAUACUCAUGUGUGAUAUACCUAUCCCCGGGUGAUUACCACCGGUUCCACUCACCCGCUCAGUGGUCAGUCGACUUUAGGCGACAUUUUGCGGGACACCUACUCAGCGUAAAUCCCGGUGUCGUUCAGGUGUUUCCCCAGUUGUUUACGAUUAAUGAGAGAGUAGUCUAUUCGGGGAACUGGAGGUACGGCUACUUUUCUAUGGCAGCGGUCGGCGCCACGGCUGUCGGUACUGUUCGGGUGUAUUUCGAUGAGGUAUAGGAGC